ACUUCGACAGAGUUCGGUUCUCGGUCAUGGCAUGCUGUUCUCUGGGCCGUCAGUUCAUGCACAUUGCUUUUGGUUGUCGGUCAGAAUUACUCCGGCCUGUUCGAUGGGUUUUCGCAAAUCGAAUAUUAAUUAUUUGCUCCGUUUUUAAUUGGCUGACCGCGAAUUUUACCGAUUCGACCCCCACGAAACCUGUGAACCCGCUCCGAUAUUUCGUCGAUUUUUAUUUUUUCGUUGCAGUGAUGUGUUUUGUGUGGUAAUUUUUUAUUUAGUUAUGCUUUUUUUUUGCGGCCGUGAUGGUUUGUGAUCCCUGAAAACUUGUGGAAAUUGGACGAGCCGGAUUUUCCGCUGUGUGAUGUUUUUCGCAAAGAGACCGAGUGCUAUGGAAUUUUUAUUUAAUGUGAGCUUUAUUGGACCACCUUCAUGUUGCUGAGAUCUUUUCAAUUGGCGCACGUGAUGUGGCCGGCAUGGGGCCAUCCCGCCGAGGCGGCGGCGGCGGCGAGCCCCCUGCCUCUCGUCCUCCGGUGCCUGGCGCAAGCACUCGCCACCGGCUUCCACCGCUUCCUAGCAAGAUUUUCAGGUCGAAGACGAUCACUAUAUCGAUACAACCCGAAAUAUCCGCCACCUUGGGCCUUCCUAGUUUUAGUAUUAGCGUCUUCUUUCUUUAGUAUAGUCGAUGCGUGUUCGUCACGCACCACGCCGAAACCGAGGCCUCCAGCACCUACUGCACGGCCUAACAUCACAUUCCACACGUACGAAUGUCCGCCGGCGUACGCGGCCUGGUACUGCCUUAACGGAGCAACGUGCUUUACCGUCAAAAUUGGCGAUUCCCUCCUAUACAAUUGCGAGUGUGCAGAAGGUUAUAUGGGUCCUAGAUGUGAAUAUAAGGAUUUAGACGGUUCAUAUUUACCGUCACAACGAAGGUUCAUGUUGGAAACGGCGAGUAUAGCCGGUGGAGCAACGAUAGCGGUUUUUUUAGUGGUGAUAGUGUGCGUCGUUGUGUAUCUGCAGUAUAAACGCUAUAAUAAAAUGAGUCGUGCAACAACGGACUGCGUGGACGGACACAGCACCCCUUUGAACACGCCGACGUUCGGCACCCGAUGGCGGACGAAUCCGCCGGCGGAUAUCCCGGUGGCGGUGCAAGAAGCGGGCGAUUCGAAGGAGGUCAGUUGGAACGUGAUCAGGUCGCAACGAUACACGCUUCCAAUCAAUCGCGAUUUGUGUAGUGCAUAGCUAGCAAACUACUAUUCAAAUUAACAGUGAUGUCGGCUUUAAUUGUGUUAUAGAAUUAUGAGAAGUCACGGACUAAAUCUAUGCCUUUGUAUAAAAACAAAUACAGAAGUGAGUAGCACUUGUUAUACGCAAUUUUGCUAUCAAUUCGUUUUUCUGCAUCUUGGUUAUUUAUUAUUGUCAAUACUUUGACAGGAAAUUUACAGUUUGGAAUUAAUGUUGAUCUAACAUUUUGUGAAAUUUUGUUACGUUCAUUUGUCCGAAUGCAACAUUUUGGAUUGUUUAUCGAUUUUUGCUAGCUAUGACUUUGGCAUUCUCGCAGUGAGCAGAACUGUAUUAAAACAGUGUAUUUGUACAGCAAGUCUGAUAUAUGUAAGUCUGAACUUUAAGUUAUUAAGUUAUUUAAAUGAAUUAUAUGUAUAUAGGUACCUCUCUGAGGUAUUUUAAUUAAAACAAAUUGUAUAAUACACAGUUACGUAUGUUUUUGAACUAUUUGUGCAGAUUGAAUGGUUUUUAAAUUAUUAUCCUUUUUUUAGUUUGUUGAAAUAUUACAUUCCCGGAUGUAUUCGUUUAUUCAAAACCUCGCUAACAAAUGUUGUUAUUGUUAAAUUGUUGAUUUAAUAAGUAAUUUUUAUAACUGAUUUAUUGAUAGGUGUGUAUAAGAAGAAGAUACUUCUGAGUAUGUUGGUGGGAUUUGAACAGUGAUUAGUCGAAAUAGCAUAGCAAUAAGUACCUACACCAAACGUACAUCAAAUAAAUAUUUUUCGUAAAUUUUUACGUACACGCUAUCAAUAACUUAUAACACCGAUAAACGAGACGAAUUUUUGUUGUAUAAAUGUAGAUAUACAGUAACUUUAUUCCAAUAACGAAUGCUCGAUCAUUCGCAAUUAUUGGCAAUAAUAUGAAAUGUAAUUUAGUAAUUUAAAUAUUUAUUAUAAGCACUUGGUUCCUAACUUAUUGAAGUAAAUAAACUUUUGUAUUAUUUUAGAAGACGCGUUCCUAUACCAAAACUACAAAUAUCUUUAACCCAAUUGUAUUAUUUUAAAUUAUUCAAGUCUUCUAACAUAAUAUAUAUACCUAUUUAUUUAAUUCCCUGCCGAUAUUUGUGAUUUUGGUAUUAGGCCAAAUAUACGUUUGCCAGUUGUUUAUGCCGUAAAUUGAUUAAUUUACGUCCCCAAACCAAAGCCCAAGUGUAUCUUUUGUGCAGCUCAAACGACACAAUCGCAUUACCACUUUUUGUUCAUGAUAUUAUUUAUGCUUCUCUUAGAUUGAUACGUUUUGUUUGAGCUACACAAAAUAUAUCAAACAACAAGUAUUAAUAUCAUUAAUAUAUUAAUAGUUAUAUUUUCUUCUUUCUGUAAGCGCUCAUUUUCUACGCCGCCCACUCUCGGUGUCGUUUUAAUUUGGCCUCAUUUUUUAAGUCUUUUGUCUAAAUACUUGUAUAUAAUUUUGAAAAAUGUUAGAAUACUGAUUUGUUUAUUUUCACAUAAUAUGUAAUGAACUUAAAAACAAUAAUAAGAAAAUAUUAUGCUAAUAAUUCUUUUUCAUCCCGACACAAAACAUCAUAAAUUCAAUAUUAAACAUUGUUUAUUUCCAAUCAACUAUUUAAAACAAUCAUUGACCUUUUUAAAUUCUCACGUUUUUUACGUUUUUUAUCGCCUUUCUUCUUCUCUAAAGUAGCGUCUCUGAACAACUGAACUCCUUCAGCCGCUUCAAUUUCCCUCUGAAUGAACUGCAUACCAUACAAAUUAUAGCCAACA